GUCUUUCAGUCGCUGUGGGGUGUCAGAACUGUGCACUCCCGGAGGGAGAAAUAGUGUCAUCGGAAAUAGGGUUGAAAUAGUCAAAACCCUGCAACAAUGAGCAAAGGAGAGAUAGUAUUUCUGAACGUGGGUGGCAUGAAGUUUACUACCUUUGUUGCUACACUUAAGAAAUAUCAAGACUCGAAAUUGGCACGCGUGCUGGACGGAGGCGACCCUGACUUCCGAGUGGUCAACGGACAGCUGUUCGUGGACAGGGACGGCAGUUUAUUUAAGUACAUCCUGGACUUCCUGCGGACCCGCCAGGUCACUCUUCCUCCCGGAUUCUCGGAUCAUGACAGGCUGGUGAGGGAGGCGGAUUUCUACGACCUGCCCUCCCUGGUUGAUCUCCUCAACCAGGAUCGGCUCAAGCAGAGGCUUGAGAUUUUGGAGGUGAGGUUCUCCCUCCAGGAAACCUACUCCUACUUCCGAGUCUUCUGUUCUUGCAACAGUACCAUUGAAACAUUAGCCGGUCGCAUUACAGUGUCUGCCGAGCAGCCUAAUCAGAACUGGAAUCAUUCUUUCUCCGCUCACAGACCCUUGGUUUCGAUUCCAUUGCAGAGACCUUCUCACCACGAUCUGGUCUUCCAGUGUGGAACCGACUAUUCGGCUGGGGACGAGUUCUCGACAAGGUAUGUAUCCAUUCAACCUGAUCAAAGAAAGCUUAUCAAUGGCAGCAAUGUCUUGGGAUUAUUUGUAGACACUUUACUGAGAGAAGGGUUCCAUCUUGUGAGUACUCGCACAGUUUCUCCCAAGGAGAAGAUUGAAUGUUACACAUUUGAACGAACCAGGAGAACUGAACUUCUCAACAUGUCAGUUGAACAAGAAGGAGCAAAUCAGAAUGCAACACAAUUCAAGGCAGAAAAAUCGCAAUCUAAAAGGAAGUAACGGAUUCCACAAUAUAAGAACUCCUCGUCUUAGUUGCUAUUUCCUUGAGACCGAGGAUGACAAUUUGAGUAAACAUAUACGGAAAGUAUAUGGAAACUGGUAGCAAUCUAUCAUCUUGGUCAUGAUUCAUCCACUACCUGCAUCCACCUAUCAUCAUCCCACCUACCUUCCCUCAGCCCCACCCCUCUUCCCCUAUUUAAUUCCCAGCUCACCCCCACCCCAGUCCUGAUGAAGGGUCUAGGCCUGAAACACUGAUUCUCCUGCUCCUCUAAUGCUGCCUGCCCUGCUGUGUUCCUCCAGCUCCACACUGUGUUGACUCAGUCAGGCCAACAUACUUCAAAGCUCCUGAAAAAAAACAGGUCAACAACAGUAGAUACUUUGGUAAUUAUAUUAUGUAACUAUAUCCCAUCAUAUUGUGGAGCCCCUUCGUUAGUUUCUCUUCAGUUAUCACAUGGAAUGGUGGAUGUAUUGUGCCUACUACAACCAAAUAAUUUCCUGAAAGCUGACAAUGUUUUUCAUGUUUUGAACCAUUAAACAUGGAAUGUUUGAGGAGAAAGAGAUAUAGAUAACGCAUAACUUUGACUUACAGCAGUCCACAUUUUGUUGUUUCAUGAGAGAAUAUCUACUUAUGUGUACUGGUAAAUCAAGCUUCUAGGUGGGAUAUAAACUCUCUCUAGAGUCACUUGCAAGCCUAAGAAGCAUAAAUAUGUUCCCCACCCUUAAGCAGAACACAUAAAAACAACUUUAAGUACCUGGACAGUUUGGCUUUAAUAAUUAAGAACCAGGAAUCAGAAUCUUUGUCAGAUCAUUCGGUGUUUUGAUGGAAAGGCAAAAAUAAUUUUUUUAAACUCAUCUGCAGGUAUGAUUGUCUGAACAUAUUGUGUAAACAGCCUGAAGGUAUGCAAGCCACUUACACAAUAACUUCUACAAUAUAUAUGGAAGGAUUUAAUCAAUUAAAGAGUAAUAGAAAUUUAGCUUAUAACAAUGUUUAAAAGGAAGUUCUAGACACCAUAGAAAUCCUGCUUAUUUUAGUGGAA